AUGUGCUUCUGGACAAAGCUUCCAGUAUUUGGGGUGUCUUUGUUCCUCCUACUCAGCCUCGUUCCCUCUACUGAGACAGAGAGACCCUCGAACCAGGACAGCAGCAGCGCCUGGAGCCCAGGCCACCUGAUGGAAAUACUGCGAGCUCUCUCUGCUGGUGACCCCCCACCCCGGAACCAUUCUGGAAGCCUCAUCCAAACAUUGCUGGAGAAAACUGGCUGCCCACGGAGGACGAAGGCAAUGCAAGGAGACUGCAGUCUGUGCUUUGAACCAGAUGCCCUAUUACUAAUAGCUGGAGGAGAUUUUGAGGAGCAGCUCCAAGAGGAAGUGGUCCAGAGAGUUUCUCUUCUCCUUCUCUAUUAUAUUAUUCAUCAGGAAGAGAUCUGUUCUUCCAAGCUCAACAUGAGUAAUAAAGAGUAUAAAUUUUACCUACACAGCCUCCUCAGCCUCAGGCAGGAUGAAGACUCCUAUUUCCUUUCACAGAACGAGACAGAAGAUAUCUUGGCACUCACCAGGCGGUACUUUGACACUUCUAGAAGCCAGUGUAUGGAAACCAAAACGCUGCAGGAAAAGUCUGGAAUACUGAGCAGUGAUGGUGCUGAUGAGAACACACUUCCUCAGCUGGCAGUGACUAUCAUCGCUUUGUCCCUGCAAGGUGUUUGUCUGGGGCAAAGAAACUUGCCUUCCCCAGACUAUUUCACGGAAUAUAUUUUCAGUUUUUUGAAUAGGACAACUACUCUCCACAUCUCGGAACUAGAGCAACUCCUCAAUACUCUCUGGACCAAAAGUACCUGUAUCAGAAAAGAUAAAAUUCAUCAACUUCAAAGGAAACAAAACAACCUAACAAUCUAUGAUUGGGGCUCUAAUCUAUCUGUAUCAAUGGACCAAGAGUCACAUGAUGGUUCCAUUUCCUGGUAUGAGUCUUGCUUCUCUGCAGGGCAACUGGUGGAGAUAUUUCUACAGAACAGCCUUUCACCCAUUUCCAAGGAGGACUUUAAGCGAAUGAGUCCAGGAAUUAUCCAACAAUUGCUCAGCUGCUCUUGCCAGCUGCCUGAGGACCAGCAAGCAAAGCUGCCACCGACCACUCUGGAGAAAUAUGGCUACAGCACAGUGGCCGUGGCUCUGCUCACACUGGGCUCCAUGCUCGGGACAACGCUGAUUCUGUUCCACAGCUGUGAGGAGAACUACAGGCUUAUUUUACAGCUGUUUGUGGGCCUGGCCGUUGGGACACUUACUGGGGAUGCUCUGCUCCACCUUCUCCCUCAGGUUCUUGGUUUACAUAAGCAGGAAGGCUCAGAGUUUGGACAUUUCCAUGAAAGCAAAGGCCAUAUUUGGAAACUGUUAGGAUUAAUUGGAGGCAUCCAUGGCUUUUUCUUAAUAGAAAAAUGUUUUAUUCUUCUGGUAUCACCAAAUGCUGAGCAGGGUGUAUCAUUGGUUAAUGGGCAUGGGGGACACUCCCACCAUCUUGCACUCAACUCUGAACUAAGUGACCAGUCAGGCAGAGGCAAAUCUGCUUCAACACUCCAGUUGAAAAGCCCAGAAGAUUCACAGGCAGCUGAAAUUCCUGGAGGCAGUAUGACAGCCUCCAACAGAAAAUGCAACACCAUUAGCUUGCUAGCAAUAAUGAUACUGGUUGGGGACAGCCUGCAUAAUUUUGCAGAUGGCCUCGUGAUAGGAGCGGCCUUCUCAUCUUCAUCUGAGUCAGGAGCAACCACCACGCUUGCUAUCUUGUGUCAUGAAAUUCCACAUGAAAUGGGAGACUUUGCUGUACUCUUAAGCUCUGGACUUCCUAUUAAGAUUGCCAUCCUUAUGAAUUUUCUAAGUGCUCUAACUGCCUUCAUAGGACUAUACGUUGGCCUCUCUGUAUCCACUGAUCCAUGUGUUCAAAACUGGAUCUUAACAGUUACUGCGGGGAUGUUCUUAUAUUUAUCCUUGGUGGAAAUGCUUCCUGAAAUGACUCAUGUUCAAACACGGCGACCCUGGUUGAUGUUUCUCCUGCAGAACUUUGGAUUGACCCUAGGUUGGCUUUCUCUCUUGCUGCUGGCUAUAUAUGAACAAAAUAUUAAAAUAUAAGUUGAGUCUCAAAAUCCUUCACAAAUAAAUUUAUAUGGCUUCAUUUUGUUGCUUUUGUUGAAAGUGUCGAUAGUGGCUUGUAAAUUAAGUCUUUUUAUCUUAGAGGAAGGGUGUAUGUCUUUUAGUUCAUUAACUUAUUAAUUUUAUGAUGCACUUUUGUUUUAGAAUAUAAAUGUCAGGUUGUCCUCAAUUGAGAUUUUGAUAGUAGAGCCCAGCACCCUG